AUGCUGAAUGCACUUUUAAUAGCAUACCAGAAUGAAAAAGGAACAAAGACAUUACUUCCACUGCUUCGAGAACUUCCUGAAGUCAUGGAUGUUCUAAUAAAAAGGUCUGAGUCAAUAAAAUCGUGCACUGGAGUGGGCAGACACAUUCUUGAGUUGGAACUGGAAAGGAUCAAGUUCAUUGCAAAAGAGUAUGUGCAUGUUCGUAUGCAAAAAAUGGUUUCGGAUUUCAAUAUAGACACAGCCUUGCUUUCUGAUAGUGAAGCUCGCUUGUAUUCUGCGUAUAUGGAUCUUAAUAAGCAGCGAGGAAUUUAUACUAACAACCAAUCUGUUCAUUCUUAUGAUGAAUAUGUAGGGUUUUGCUGUAUGGCUGAUGUUGGGAACAUACUUAUUGAUGGAUUGCCAUUGAAUAUGAUCAAAGGUGAUGUAUUUGUUGCAUCACUCAGCAAUAUCAAAGAAUUACUUACCAAAAGGCUAGUUGUACUGUUCUGA